CUGCGCGCUUGCGUCGGGGCUUCAAUCUGGUCCAGGACGGCUGCGGACUGGGGCUUUAUCAGACUACCGGUAGAUGGGGUAGAUAUUCCUCCAUGUUUUUCUGAUGGCAUAUUCGCAGCGCUCCAGGCUCCUCCUCCUUGUGGCAAUCUAUAGUAGGGACGCCGUACGGUGUGCAAGUAGGCCCCGACUCCUUGUGGGCCAUCUGAGACUGCUAGUUGGCCCGACCGCCUUUUCAGGCUUUCGGGCUCUCAGGAACAACGCAUCGAUAUCGAUAGCCAGGUAUCCCGAGUCCCAGACAAACAAGCUCACCGCAGCGUCGACGACGACGAGUCAGGUAGAUGGAUAUAACUGUCUUGGCAGGCGGUGUCGACUGCGACGGGUCCCGCCCCGCCCCAAGACAUAGCAUAACCGUCUGGGCGGUGACGACGGCGACGACGACGACUGGCGAUUCCUGCGACGAGCAACAACG